UCGUGAGCAUGAACCGGUGGGUCAUCUGAUUUUCCUGUCUCUCAAACACUCUGGUCUCUUUUUCAGUGUUCGAUUUCUGAUCAACCGGAGAAAGAGACCCCCAUCGCCAUGCAGAGAUUUCAGAACGACUGGUACUCUCCUUCUCGCCUUCUCAGCAGCCCCGCCCAGUAUGAUUUCCCGGGUGACCGGUUUAUACCAAAUAGGAGUUUGAUGGACAUUGAUCGAGCGCGCAGCCUGUUGACGAGCAGGACGAAGGAAGCCUCGAACUCCAAAUGCAAUGAAGAGUACCAACGGAGGUUAGCAGAGAAUCUGGCUUUGGAUUCUGAAGGGAGACCAUUUCGGAUGCUGGUUUUCAGGGGCAGCCCCAGAUCUAGUAGGAAAUCUCUUGGUCAUAUUGAUGAGUUGCGGCGAGAUGAGGAAGCAGCAUUAGCAUUAAGUUCUACAAUUGCCAAGAAAUCUCGAUGCUUACCCAAGACCCCAUGCCGAAUUCUAGAUGCACCAAGAAUCAAGGAUGACUACUAUUUAAACAUCAUGGACUGGGGGAAAAACAACAUCCUUGCUGUUGCUUUGGGCUCAGUUUUAUAUCUCUGGAAUGCUGAGAAUGGAAGCAUUCAGAUGUUGUCAGAAGCAGAUGGUGAUGAUGAUUACCCUGCAAGUGUGGCUUGGUCAGAGGAUGCCAAAAUGGUAGCAGUAGGAUAUUUUUCUUCCAAGCUUCAGCUUUGGGACGUCGAAACCUCCAAACUAGUGAGAAACCUAGAAGGUCAUCAUAAUAGAGUUGGAACCCUUGCAUGGAAUGGCCAUAUUCUCACAUCAGGGAGUCUAGACAAAUCUAUUAUUAAUCAUGAUGCAAGGGCAGAAAAUAACACAACAGCUUGUCUACGAGCACACAGGGGAGAGGUGUGCGGUUUGAAAUGGUCAAACGGCAGCAAUAUAUUGGCGAGCGGUGGCAAUGACAACUGCAUUUACAUAUGGAAUGCCUAUACUAUGAGAUCGUCCCGUUUUCUGCAUCAGUUCAAUGACCAUUGUGCUGCAGUCAAGGCCCUUGCUUGGUGCCCAUAUCAGUCUGAUAUACUUGCCUCUGGAGGUGGAUUAUCAGAUGGGUGUAUAAAGAUGUGGAGCAUAAAGAAGGGGGCAUGCAUCAAAAGCAUAGAUACAAAAGCACAGAUAUGUGGAUUGGAGUGGAACAUACAUCACAGGGAGCUAUUGAGUGGCCAUGGUUACAGCACAGAUCAGCAUGGAAACCAGUUAUGCUUGUGGAGGUACCCUUCCUUGGAUAAAAUAGGAGAGAUACAGAAUCACUCAUCCCGAAUCCUCCACCUUUCCCAGAGCCCAGAUGGACAGACGGUCGUUUCAGCUGGCGCAGAUGAAACUCUUCGCUUCUGGGACGUUUUUGGACCGCCUCUGACUGAAAAUUCAAGAGAAACAGAUCUUGAUAGCUUUUUGUCUCUCAAAGCAUCACCUAUAAGAUGA